AUGGAGACAGAAACAGAAGUUAAGGUAAACGGAGUUGCAGCUGGAGAGGAUCACAAUGUUCACUCUGAAUCCAACUCACACAGUGCGUGCGCGAGUACAGGAGGAUGCGCGCGCAAACUGCGGAGCUGCAUUCCGGUCAAUUACAAAGAAGAAAUCGUGCAGUUAAUUAAAUUAGCAGGACCUGUGUUUAUUUCACAGUUAAUGAUCUUCCUAAUCAGUUUCAUUAGCACAGUCUUUUGUGGACAUUUGGGGAAAACAGAGUUGGCAGGUGUUGCACUGGCCAUAGCUGUUAUUAAUGUCACGGGCAUUUCUGUUGGUGCUGGAAUGGCAUCUGCAUGUGACACACUGAUAUCUCAGACAUUUGGAGGAAAUAAUAUGAAGCGUGUGGGGGUGAUCCUGCAAAGGGGGAUCCUCAUUCUACUGCUAUCCUGCUUUCCCUGCUGGGCCAUCUUAAUCAACACAGAGUCCAUCCUGCUAGCUGUUCGACAGAGUCACAGGGUUGCCAGUCUUUCACAGUUGUAUGUGAAGAUAUUCAUUCCUGCCCUGCCUGCUGCUUUUAUGUACCAGUUGCAGGCACGGUAUUUGCAGAAUCAGGGCAUUAUAUGGCCUCAAGUGAUCACAGGAGUUGCUGGCAACAUCCUAAAUGCUUUAAUAAACUAUAUCUUUCUUCAUGUGUUCAACCUGGGUGUACCUGGUUCUGCGGCUGCAAACUCCAUUUCUCAGUGCUCUUUGGCACUUUUUCUUUAUAUCUACAUACGCCGGAAGGGUCUACACAAAGCUACAUGGGAUGGCUGGUCUCGUGAUUGCCUACAAGAGUGGGGUGCUUUUAUUCGUCUGGCUUUACCUAGCAUGUUAAUGCUUUGUGUGGAGUGGUGGACCUAUGAGAUUGGAGGAUUCCUGGCAGGACUGAUCAGUGAGGCUGAACUGGGCGCCCAGUCUAUUAUAUAUGAAGUAGCCACUAUUGCAUUCAUGUUUCCUCUUGGCUUUGGUGUGGCAGCCAGUGUGAGAGUUGGAAAUGCUCUUGGAGCAGGAAACACAUAUCAAGCUAAACUUUCCAGCAAAGUCUCCUUGCUCUGUGGACUCCUUGUCUCGUGUGUUAUUUCUGCAGUAAUGACAGGAUGUAAGGACUUCAUUGGAUACAUUUUUACAACUGAACAGGAGAUUGUGCACAGAGUUUCCCAAGUCAUGGCUAUGUAUGGAAUAAUUCAUCUGUUUGAUGCAACAGCGGGUAUAACAAGUGGUAUUGUCAGAGGUGCUGGAAAGCAACUGCUUGGUGCUCUGUGUAAUAUUGUUGGCUACUAUUUUGUGGGUCUCCCAAUUGGGGUGUCCCUCAUGUUUGCACUCAAAAUGGGAAUAAUUGGCUUGUGGACUGGGCUCUGUGUUUGUGUCUUCCUGCAGUCCAUCUUCUUUCUUAUUCUAAUCUGGAAACUUGACUGGAAAAAAGCAACUGAAGAGGCUUUAAUAAGAGCAGGAGUGCAGGCAGAAGAUGCCCAGAAGGAAUCCUACGCCUUAGAAAAUAAGUGCUCUGAGGAAGAUUUAUCACAGUCUCCCCAUCCCAGUGAAAAAAAACAGACUGAUACUAAAGUGGAGACUCAGGUCAAAGAUGAAGAACUAGCUGAGGAUGAAGCAGCGGUCACUGUGGGUAACGUGCUGACCACCAGACAACUGGUUGUCCGUCGAGGUCUGACUGCUCUCCUGAUGAUCCUCAUACUCGCUGGAGGGAUCGCACUAAAUGAGUUUCUUACACGCCUUCUCAGAUGAGCAGUGCCAACAUGUUACCUUCCU